AUUGCCUGAUGAUGUUCGGAGAUGCUGACUGUUAUCCUGAAACCUCAGGUUCAUCCCCUCCGGCUCCGGGUGUCCUGUCUAAACUAGUCAUGGCUUCCCUCGCCAGCCUCCGCCCCUUCCUCCUACUCCGCCGCCACCUCUGCACCACCGCCGCCGUCUCGCUCUUAAACCCCGCCGACCCCUCCACCACCGCCCCGCCCAAGUCGAAAUCUCUUGCGGCUCUCUCCCUCCUCCAGUCCGAGAAGGACCCCUCCCGGAUCCUCUCCAUCUGCUGCGCCGCCGCCCUCUGCCCCGAUUCCCACCCCGACCGCGCCGCGCUCUCCCUCGCCGUCUCCUCCCUCUCCGCCGCCGGGUCCCUUCCCUCCGUCCGCUCCCUCCUUGACGGCCUCCUCUCCUCCCCCACCUCCGACCACCUCCGCCCCCACAUCAUUGUCCUCUUCGGCCAGGCCGGCAUGCUCCACGACGCCUUCCGCACCUUCAACGCCUCCGCGUCCCCCUCCAUCCGAUCCCUCAACGCCCUCCUCUUCUCUUGCAUCCUCUCCAAGAACUACGCCCAAGUCGCCAGGAUCUUCCGGGAUUUCCCCUCUUCCUAUGGUAUCAUCCCCAAUCUCAACACCUACAACACUGUAAUCAAAGCUUUUUGCGAAUCGGAUUCGUCGAGGACCUUCUAUUCGAUCUUGGAUGAGAUGGUUCGGAUGAAAAUUAAGCCAAAUUUGACAACUUUUAGCAUUUCGCUUGCUGGGUUUUACCGUGAGGAGCGAUUCGAUGAUGUUAGGAGGGUUCUGUGGUUGAUGAAGAAGCAUAGGUGCCAUCCGGGUCUUUCAGUUUACAAUGUCAGGAUGCAGAGCCUGUGCAAGCUCAAGAGAGCUACUGAGGCCAAGGAGUUGUUGAAGGAGAUGCAUUUGAGGAGGAUGAAGCCAAAUUGGGUCACCUAUGACCAUCUCAUACUGGGUUUUUGUUUUGAGGGGGAUUUAGAGGAGGCGAAGAGGUUCUUUACGGAGAUGCAUAGGAGAGGAUUGGCUCCUGAGAGCAGUUGUUACUUUAGUCUGAUAUACUAUCUCUGCAAAGGAGGGGACUUUGGAGCAGCGCUGGAAGUUUGCAGAAAGAGUAUGGAGAGGAAUUGGGUGCCUCGCUUCUCGAUUAUGAAGAUGCUUGUGAAUGGGCUUGUGAGCAUUUCGAGGGUCGAGGAGGCUCGGGAAAUUAUUAAGAAGGUGAAGGAGAAGCUCUCAAGCAACAUUGAGAUGUGGGAAGAAGUGGAACAUGGCUUGCCUCAGUAGCCUGCCAGGAAAUUUUGAAAGGUGGUAUUAUGUCUCUGCUGGUGGCAUCAUCAAACAUGCCCUGAAGUUGAAUAAGAUUUGGCAGGAACAUCUUUAUUUUUUGAAGAUUUCACUCUCAUGAAAAGCCUUGGAGGAGGUAGAUGUGAUAUGCCUUCUGCCUCUUCAAACAGAUGAUAAAUGACCGUGAUAAUUUGAAUCAAUCAAAGCUCUCCUGGCAGAGCCACAUGCUGCUAUCAUGAUCCAGAGACACCAUUUUCUGAAAUCCAUUAGGAUAACAAACAAGUGCUUUCGGUAAUCUAGGGCCUUUAUCUUUCAAGGAGAGCAUUAUAGAUAGCAACACAUCAUUUCGAUGCUCUAAGACCUUGUGGGUACAUGGAAUAAAGGGUACUCUGAGCCAUUGAUUUUGACCUCCAAGGAAGGAAGCCUUUACCUUCCUUCAUAGAGCAUAGCAAGUCACCUGUCCAGGACCUGCAUCUCCACUAUCUGCAAUCCCCUGGCCCCCUUGGCAUCUGCAUGCCAAUCUUGUGCGGGCUGAAUAAGCGAUUCAGUUGUCUGGACUUUAGACCAUGAAACAUUUGUUGACUGGAUCACUUCACUCUUCCUGGCAUCAAUAAAGGGAUGGAAAUGCAUUUCAUGAAAGCUAAGCUGAAGAUGCCAGAAAACCGGUGGAUGCAUCAACAUGACGCCAAUGGUCAAUCCAAUAUCGAGAGGUUAUUAUUAUUUGGGUGGUGAUUAUAGAAGAAAAUUGCAGCUGAUUCUGCUUGUUGAUCACACCCAGCAGAUGUAUCUUAUUACAGUCCCUGUCCAAUUACUGCUUGAUGGAAGUUGAUAAGAAAAUUUUUCAGGGCUACUCAUCAUUGGGACAAAAGCAUAAUCUUUUAGGAUGUCAAGACUUGGUUUAAAAUUGGAUCUGAAUUUUCAGGUGGUCAACUGGUUCUGUUAACAAAGUUGUCCACAGUUGUUGCAAGACACAUGGGUUUAAGUCUCACCUGCAGCCCUGAAAAAUUUGUUUUCUCAAUAAAUUGGGUGGGGGAUAGAAACCUCCUUCCAUUCGAUAAAAAAAGGUUUUCAAUUCAGCACAUAUCUGA